AUGAACAAAAGGACAGAUGGCUCCAGCAAUAUAAAAGCUGGCAUCACAGACUCGCCGCGUGUGUUGAGAAGUAUGCCUGGCAUUGCUGCCGGAAGUGUGGCUGUGGCAACACCACAAUACGACCAUCCACAUCAACUUAACACAGUGGUGAGCAAAAAUGAUCGAAGCACUGGUUACCAGUCCGUGUAUCAAGGUUCAUUUGCCAACUAUGAUAAUGAUAUGGAUACCAUAACGAUUGGGAAUGUUAAAGAUCAAAAUCAUGGAAUCCCACAAGUUCCAAAUCCUAUUCCACAAAGGCCACUUGGCAUACCGGAAGAAUCAAAUCAUAUUCCACAAAGGCCAUCUGACAUACCGGAAGAAUCAAAUCAUGUUCCACAAAAGCCAUCUAGCAUACCGGAAGAAUCAAAUCAUAUUCCACAAAGGCCAUCUAGCAUACCGGAAGAAUCAAAUCAUAUUCCACAAAGGCCAUCUGACAUACCGGAAGAAUCAAAUCAUAUUCCACAAAGGCCAUCUGGCAUACCGGAAGAAUCAAAUCAAAUUCCACAAAGGCCAUCUGGGAUACCGGAAGUAUCAAAUCAUAUUCCACAAAGACCAACAGGGCAACAUAUUCCCGGCACGUUUCAAAUCACUGUUCAAAACAUUUCAAAAACUUUUAACUUUGAGGUUCGUUCCACUGAUUCCGUAGAUGAUCUCAUGAUGAAGAUUCAUGACAGAACGGGUAUUCCCUCCGACCAACAGAGGCUUAUGCACGUGGGAAAACAAUUGACCAGCAAAAUGACCCUUAGCCAUUACAACAUCAAGGAAGGAAGUGUAAUUUUUAUAUUAUUCAGAAUGCGUGGAGCUUAG